GGCGGCGCGUGGGCACGCUGGGGGCGGGCAGGGCGCGCCCGACUUUUCCAGAAGACCCGGAUAGCGCCGCUGGGCCACGCUGAGCCGGCUGUGGGCGAUCUUCACGCCUGCUGUUUUCUUUUUCUGCUGCUGGGUCAGUUAUGGCGGCUGUGAAGACCCUAAAUCCCAAGGCCGAGGUGGCCCGAGCCCAGGCUGCGUUGGCGGUCAACAUCAGCGCGGCCCGGGGGCUGCAGGACGUGCUGCGGACCAACUUGGGGCCUAAGGGCACCAUGAAGAUGCUUGUUUCUGGUGCUGGAGAUAUCAAGCUUACUAAGGAUGGCAACGUGCUGCUUCAUGAAAUGCAAAUUCAACACCCAACAGCCUCCUUAAUAGCCAAAGUAGCAACAGCCCAGGAUGACAUAACUGGUGAUGGUACCACUUCCAAUGUCCUAAUCAUUGGAGAACUGCUGAAACAGGCGGAUCUGUACAUUUCUGAAGGUCUUCAUCCCAGAAUAAUAACAGAAGGAUUUGAAGCUGCAAAGGAAAAGGCACUUCAGUAUUUGGAACAAGUCAAAGUAAGCAAAGAGAUGGACCGGGAAACACUCAUAGAUGUGGCCAGAACAUCUCUACGUACUAAAGUUCAUGCUGAACUUGCUGAUGUCUUAACAGAGGCUGUAGUUGACUCCAUUUUGGCCAUUAAAAAGCAGGAUGAACCUAUUGACCUCUUCAUGGUUGAGAUCAUGGAAAUGAAACAUAAAUCUGAAACCGACACAAGCUUAAUCAGAGGUCUUGUUUUGGACCAUGGGGCACGACAUCCUGAUAUGAAAAAAAGAGUAGAAGAUGCAUAUAUCCUCACAUGCAAUGUGUCAUUAGAAUAUGAAAAAACAGAAGUGAAUUCUGGCUUUUUUUACAAGAGUGCAGAAGAAAGAGAGAAACUUGUAAAAGCUGAAAGAAAAUUCAUUGAAGAUAGAGUUAAAAAAAUAAUAGAACUGAAAAAGAAAGUCUGUGGUGACUCAGAUAAAGGAUUUGUUGUUAUUAAUCAAAAGGGAAUUGACCCAUUUUCCUUAGAUUCUCUUGCAAAAGAAGGCAUAGUAGCUCUCCGCAGAGCUAAAAGGAGAAAUAUGGAAAGGCUGACUCUUGCUUGUGGUGGGGUAGCUCUGAAUUCUUUUGAUGACUUAAAUCCUGAUUGCUUGGGACAUGCAGGACUUGUCUAUGAGUAUACAUUGGGAGAAGAGAAGUUCACCUUCAUUGAGAAAUGUAACAAUCCUCGUUCUGUCACGUUAUUGAUUAAAGGACCAAAUAAGCACACCCUCACUCAAAUCAAAGAUGCAAUAAGAGAUGGCUUGAGGGCUGUUAAAAAUGCUCUUGAUGAUGGCUGUGUAGUUCCAGGUGCUGGUGCAGUGGAAGUGGCGAUGGCAGAAGCCCUGAUUAAAUACAAGCCCAGUGUAAAAGGCAGGGCUCAACUGGGAGUCCAAGCAUUUGCUGAUGCAUUGCUCAUUAUUCCCAAGGUACUUGCUCAGAAUUCUGGUUUUGACCUUCAGGAAACACUGGUUAAAAUUCAAGCAGAACAUUCAAAUUCAGGUCAACUUGUGGGUGUGGACUUGAACACAGGUGAGCCAAUGGUGGCAGCACAAGCAGGCAUAUGGGAUAACUAUUGUGUAAAGAAACAGCUUCUUCAUUCCUGCACUGUGAUUGCUACCAACAUUCUCCUGGUAGAUGAGAUCAUGCGAGCUGGAAUGUCUUCUCUCAAAGGUUGAAUUGAAGCUUCCUUUGUAUCAUCUGAAUCAUGAAGACUCCAGAGUGACCCUAAGAAUACAGCUGUGGAAUUUUUGUCUAAGCUUCAAAUAAUUUUCAACGGAAUUUUCUUUUCCCAUGUGAAAAAAGGAGAGAACACUGACACCUAUUCAAUUCCAAAGUCUGAAAUUAUAAUUACAGCGUGUUUUUUUAAUUGCACUCAGUGUACACGUAAAGCAGGCUGUUUUCACCCAGUGAACAGGAUGUUUUGCUGUAGCUUCAGUGAUAAAAAUACAUGUUAGAAAAGUAUGUUACCUGCCUUAUUAAAUACUGCUUGAAAAAGAUUUUAAUGGUUUAACAAUUUUUUCUAAUGCAUUUUAAUUUAUCCAAUAGUUUCUUAUUGUUAAGCAUUCAAUCUAAAAAUUUUUCGACUGGUAAUGUAAGUAACACUUAAAUACCUUAAGGUUUUGAAAGCGUCCCUGUUUCCUUAGUGUAAAUUCCUGUGAGUAAUCUAUUGGAUCUUUCCAUUGGACUUUUCAUGCUUUUGAGGUAGCUUUGUUUAAAAUGCUCCCCAGGGAAGUUAAGUGGUAGUGGAUAGAAAGAUGGGUGAACUAGAGGCAAGGGAGUUGAAAGAGCUACAAGUAUAAAGUGGCAAAAAUAGAAAUAGAGGAGGCAGAGGUAGAAAGAUGGUUGAAUCCACGGUGACUAAGGGCUAUGUGAGAUAAAGAGAUUUUCAGAUGGGCCAUAUUUUCCCACUGCUGAACCUUUGCUUAUGCUGAAAUGUCCAUCCCAAAACCGCCAGUAUCAUCUUUCUCUCGAAUUAUUCUCUCCUACUUGUUUCCAGAAAAUCGUUUUUGUAUGGUUAGUACACCUCUGUAGUCCUUGAAGGUGAAAUUGUGUUCCUAAGCUUGUAUUUUGAGGAUUUGGCAGUUGCCGACAGUGAGUGCAAUAAAUGUUAACUUGAAACCGUU